AUGGAGGUGGCAGCACCAUCGCCAAGCAUGGAUUACCAUUUCCAUGGAGGUAGAUCUACGAUCUCGACUGUUCCAAUUACAACUAAAGUUUUUGGAAAUUACUUCUACAGCGCACCCUCUAGUCCAAUGCAUGUGUCUGAGUUUUAUAGGGGCUUUGAUGAGUUGCAAUCUUCCCAAAUGGAUGAACCAGAAAUGGAGGAUGACGAUUUUGCAUUUGAUAUUUGCCAACAGUUGGAGGCAACCACACUCUCAGCCGACGAGCUAUUUGAUGAUGGCAAAAUCCGACCACUAGAGACACCACCACAAUCACCAAUAUCUCAACAAAAUAAAAUCUUUCAGAAUGCGUACUCUACAGAAAGGAGGAAAGAUCCAACAGAAACGAUAAAUGAGAAAACAGAAAGGAAAAAGGAACAGAAGAGAGGGAGAGGAAGAAACCCAGCCUUGUCGUCCUCAGCUUCCCGAAGAGCGGUGAGGUCGCUCUCUCCUGAUAGAGUUUCUUCAUCUCAAUGGGAUGAGAAACAGCCUUUACAAAACAACGUUGGACAGCUGAGGUUGACUCCAGGAUCUCCUUCUGCUACUGGUACCAAUUCCACCUCGUCUAAGGGUAAUAGAAGAUGGAGACUAAAGGACCUGUUCCGGAGUGCAUCUGAAGGACGAGGAACUGGAAAAGAUCCUCUAAGGAAAUAUUCAACCGUAUACAAGAAACAAGAAGAUUUUAAGAAUACGAGCUUCAAGUCUAACAAUAGCAGAAAUGGACCAGUUUCAAUCUAUGAGCCACAUUUUUCAUUGAGUAAAGCAGCAUCAGAGGACAAGAAGAAGACUUUCCUGCCCUACAAGGGGAUUUUGGGAGGACUCCUCUUCAAUCCAGCAUCCCAUAUGCAUACCAACUUUAGGUCCUCCCGCUGA